UUUUUUCUCCUUUUGCUGUGUAACUAUUGGUAUCUGCCCUUCUCUAUCCUCUGUUGUAUAUGUCGUUAUCGUUGUCUCUGUUGGUAAUAGUAAUUGUCUUUCUUCGUUAUUGUUUAUGUAGGAAAAAAAGACAAAGUCCCAUUGAGCCAAUCAAAUUCCCAUACUAUUAAACAUUACUAUAUCCUCUCAUGGAUGGAUAAUACAUUAUACAUAUAUCCAAAACAGAGGAUGACAUACCACCUUGCAUGCCUGGCACUUUGGAAAGAUAACUUUGCCUCUUUUUUUUUUUUCUGUACAAACAUAUGCAAAUAACGAUAAAAGUGAACAAAUUUUUAUUUUUUACUUUUUUAACACAAUGCCAGAUUACGAACCAAGUCCAUUGAUCCCCAUCGGGGACAAAAAGUUUCUCGAUAUUGAAUACCCAGGAAUAGUCAAACGAACCAAACGUGCAAUCAAAACACUUGGUGGCGAAAAAGCAUUAGCACAAUCCUUGGCAAAUAAAACACAAGUCAAUCUACGAUUCAGACCAGGAGAUCCAUUUUCACAUCCGAUCCACGGCGAUAUUAUACCUACUUCCAAACUACUAGCAAAAGUCACUCGACGUGUUAAAAGGAACAAGAAAACAGGACAAGUUGAAGAAACUGACGAUGAUUGGCGAACAGAGAUCGUUGGCAGUGUGACACACAGUGUUCGUUUCAGAGCAUUGGCCGAUCUACAACAUAUCGUACCAAACACAGAUCGUAUUCGAAAACUUACGCAGUCAUUAGCAACUGGAAAUGUACAAAACAUAAUGGAUUAUGAGCCUGCGAAGGAUGAUGAUAAUAUUGAAGACUUUCGUAAUAUCCCGCCACCUGUGUUUACUGCCAGACAAGCUGCAUUUGAAUACAACUACCGCCAAAAUCUACCAGUUAUCAGAGUCAAGGUUAAGCAGCCAGAUGGUUCUUAUAAAAUUGAGCUGGUCAAUCGUCAGACCCGAAAAACAUUAGAGAUUACUUUUAUUAGAUAUGAUACGGAAAAUAUUCCAAUGAAGAGUUGGCAGAUUAUCAAAGAACCUCCCAAUGCCCAAGCAAAGAGAGCUGUAGAUAUUGUGACUGAACUGUUUAAACAAAAACCUAUCUGGAAUAGAUAUACUAUAAAAUGUAUAAUAGAACCACAAUAUCACCAUUACCUCACGACAGCGCUUGCAAUGAAUGGCUAUACAUUUACAAAUGGACCCUGGAGAGGUGCAUUUGUAAAAUACGGUAUAGAUCCGAGAAAGGAUCAAGCAUACGCGGUGUAUCAAACUCUCGAUUUUAGAUCAUUUCAUGUUUCAGACGCAAAAGUGUAUAGAUAUAAGGGCAUAAGAUCCGCCGUGAAUAAGCCAAAAGCGACACAAGUGGAAGAAGUUGACCUGACUGGUAAACAAUACUUUGACGGUAAAACCGUACCUGGCCCAACCUCCAAAUACCAGCUUUCGGAAGUAACUGAUCCAGAUAUCACCCCUUUAAUCCAUAAAAAGCAGUAUAUGAGAUCCGAACCUAACGCUACUACAGGCUUUUAUUAUCAAUGUGUAUAUGAUCGUAUCCGUAAAGCACUAAGAGACAAGUAUUCUCAUCUAAUCAACAAGCAUGAACCACUUCCCAUGCCAGAUCUUGAAAACGGCCUUUUAGAAGAAAUCGAAAAAGAAAAGUUAAAAGAAGAUAAAAAUGAAGAGCUUGAAGUUGCAGAGAAAGCGGUUGCAGAAGCACAGACUGAAGCCAAAAAGCCAAACUCUUCGAAGAGAUUAAAAGACAUGGUAGAUGAAUAUAUGGAAGGGCUGCAAAAGAUGAAUAAUGGCAAACCCAAGUACCUUGAACCUGAUGAUGAUUCUGAUCUGGACAUUAUGGAUACUCUUGAAGAAUACGAUGAGGACUUUGAUAUAUUUAAUGAUGAUGAUGAAAAUGUCCAGGAAGAUAAUAUAGAUAUUGAUAAAGAUGUGGAAGAUGAAAACAUUACAGAAGUUAAAGAAUAAAAUACACUUUCAGCAACAAAGCUUUUGCAUAAAAUUAAAGCUGGAAGGCAUGUUUUGUUUGCUUGUUCAUUGUGAUGAGAUACAUUACAUUUGUCGGAUUGCUACAUAUAAUACCUCAAAAAAUAAUACUCAAGCCUCGUUCAUCACACAAGAUGAAAGUUCGAUAUCAUCUUAGUCGAAUGAAAACAUUUAUUAUAAAAUGUUUUUGUCCAAGGAUAUGAAAGAGAUCAGCAAACAAAGAGCUUCAUAAAAAA